AUGUAUAGGUCUGCGCAACAUGAAGAACCUAACAAUCAUGACUUUGUCACCGACUACAAUGACGCUAAGCUCUUCAUAAUCAAGUCUUACAGUGAAGACAACGUCCACAAGAGCAUCAAAUACAAGGUAUGGGCUAGUACCGCUAAUGGCAACAAAAAGCUUGACGCUGCUUACCGUGAGGCCAAGGAUGAGAAAGAACAACCGUGCCUAGUGUUUCUUGUAUUUUCUGUAAACGCGAGCUCUCAGUUCUGUGGUGUGGCUGAGAUGAUAGGACCUGUGGAUUUUGACAAGAGCGUUGAGUACUGGCAACAAGACAAAUGGAGUGGACAGUUUCCAGUGAAGUGGCACAUCAUUAAAUCUGUUCCAAACAGUCAGUUCCGCCACAUUAUAUUGGGAAACAACGAGGAUAAGCCUGUGAAACUGGAACAAGGCAUUGAGAUGCUGAAGAUUUUCAAGAACUAUGACGGUGAGACGUCAAUCUUGGAUAAUUUUGUGUUUUAUGAAGAGAGGGAGAAAGUAAUUCAAGAAAGAAAGGCAAGAAGACAGCCAAGCUUGCCAUCUGCAGUAGGAGAAACCGAAUACAAACCAGCUUCUGCUGCGUUGAUGACAGAGUUUAUCAAGAACAUGUCAAAAAGUUUUGCGCAGGUUGUCCACUUGGAGGAGGGCAGCAAAGCAUCUACAGAUGCAACUACAACAACCAUAGCCGUAUCUUCUGGUCAUUCCAAAGUAAAAGACAAUCAAUUAGCUAAGACUUGUGUUAUUCAAAUUCUAUAA